AUGGAGUCAGACAGAGAGUCAAGUGAUGGGUUUGAAAUAGUCUUACAGGACACAGAAGAUACACAAAUAAAUUCAGACUUAUUCGUUAAUUACACAGAAGAUGAUAAGCCAUGGAAUAGACCAGGAGAAGAUAUAACAGACUACUUUAAUUAUGGAUUCAAUGAGCACACAUGGAAAGAGUACAUAGCAAAACAAAAAAGACUCAGAGAAAAAGCAAAAAAAAAGAAAAAAUAACGGAAUAUUACCAAAUAAGGCAUAAAAUAAGUUAAAUUACCAUAUACGUACUAUAAAAAUAUUAAUUAAUAA